GCUGACUUGACUGAGCUCUUCGGUUCGAUUGGGCUGAGCAUUUUCACUUCUCUCUGUCGUCUUCAGAUUUUUUCCUCCUCAUUCUCCGAUUGAUAAUGGCGUCGAGCGGACUCCAGAGGCUCCUGCAAGCCGGCACCAAAAUCGUCGCCGUCGGCCGCAACUAUGCCGCCCACGCCAAGGAGCUCGGCAACGCCGUCCCCAAGGAGCCGGUUCUGUUCCUGAAGCCGACAUCGUCUUACUUGGAGAAUGGAGGUACGAUCGAGGUCCCGCAUCCGCUUGAAUCGCUCGAUCACGAGGUGGAGCUCGCUGUCGUGAUCUGCCAGAAGGCUCGUGAUGUGGCCGAGGCCACCGCCAUGGAUUACGUCGGAGGAUAUGCUCUCGCACUCGAUAUGACUGCGAGGGAAAUUCAGUCUUCAGCAAAGUCUGCUGGUCUUCCGUGGACAGUGGCAAAAGGGCAGGACACUUUCACUCCAAUCAGUUCUGUUCUUGACAAGUCAAUGGUGCCAGACCCUGACAACUUGGAACUUUGGCUCAAGGUGGAUGAUGAAAUACGGCAAAAGGGCUCGACCAAGGACAUGAUUUUUAAGAUUCCUCAUCUCAUUAGCCAUAUAAGCACUAUCAUGACGCUUUUUGAAGGAGACGUGAUAUUGACAGGCACUCCCAAGGGUGUGGGUCCAGUGAAAGUCGGUCAAAAAGUUACAGCAGGCAUAACGGGCCUACUCAAUAUCCACUUCAAUGUUGAAAAACGUAGAAAGCUCAGUUCUUGUUAACCUUAAGCCACCCCUUCUUGCUCUGUCAGCUAGACUCGACUAGGAACUGGGCGAGAAGAUGGGUAAUACCUGAUACUUUUGAAAAGUUCAUUCUUUUCAAUUCCGCUGAAAAGUGACUGAGGUAUACCUGCGCCCAGUUUUCAGGAGCAGCUGUUGAAUGAAAUUAUGAUGAGAUAAUUCAACUAGGAUUUGCAAUUCGGAAACUGUUUUCUCAGACUUCAUUGCAGAUGAUCGAACAGAUAUUCCGUUUCAUGUGUUAUGAUCUUGUAUAUCUCUGUCCCAAUAGCGCAAAUUGGAACAUUUCAAAAGUGGAUUUAUGUUUUCAAUAAAUUUUCCUCGGAGCUUGUUUUGUCGAA